AUCCAAAGUGAAAAAGUGAAAAGUAAAUUAAAGAAUAACACAAAAAAAGAGUAAAUAAAUAAAUUAAACUAAAAAGCUUUCAUAAAAAAAGAGAGUGGAAAAAGAAGAAAGUAAACAGAAAGUGGAAAAAUUUUGUGCUGAUUAAACAGAAAUUUGGAGAAAAAAAAAAAUAGAAAGAAGAAUAAAAUAAAAUAUUAACAACAGCAAAAUAACAAUAAAUUUUCGGCCUCUGAAAGAAAGUCAAGUUAAAUUGUAUCACCCACUCUCAUAAGGCAGUGGAAGGAGAAAAGCAGCGGAACCAUAAAAGGUGCAUAAAAACGAGUACAACAGAAACAGCAUUUAAAGAGUCGAGUGUUCAACGUUUGUAUUUAUAAACGUGUAUAAUUGAGCAGAGAACGAGAAUUAUAAAAAAAUAUAACAAUAGCUUUUUUUUCAUUAAACAUUUCACAAAGCGAGAAUAAUUAAGAUUUCAAAAACAAUAAAGCACUCUGUGAACUCUCGUGGUGUAAAAAGAUAUAAAGACCGAGACGAGAGCUUUCAAUUACAUCCAUCCAGUGAAACAAAAAAAAGUGUGAAGAUUCAUUUGAAGUUGCAAACAAUUUUGUAGUUAAACUUUAAUAUCAUCGUGUAAGUGAGCGAUUAAUGUUUCGUAAGCUUCAAAUUCAAAAAAAGAAGAGAUGAAAGUAAAUUGAAAGAAGUUGACGGCAAGAAAGUUGUUGAGAAAAAAGAACUGUGAAAGAAGUGGAGUCAACAACUCUAUCUAGUGAACAUACGUUCAUAUAUCCAAAGGAAAAAAAAAAGUUUCUAUUUCUGCUACACUGAACAUUUACAAGAGUGCUUUAAUAAAUUUUCUCUUCUCUCAUCUGUCAGAAGAAUAAGUGUAAAGCUGUGUAGGUCACAGGGAAAAAUGGGAAACAUAAAACGAAAUAAUUUACAGCUCCCGCAGAGCACCCACAACAGAAAGUUUCACUUAUUGUUCUCAAACAUCUUUAAAUCAAUGGUUUUACUCAACGCUUUAAUCGUAUUUAUAUCAUUUGGUCUCAUUCAAAGUGUUACACCGCACGUGAACAAGCCAGAGCCUAGUUUUAUAUCCAGAUCCGAGACAUUCAAAUUUGUUGCCGGUGAUGCGAUACGAUUGCCUUGUGAAGUAGCCAACGUAGAAAAUUUUAUUGUUGCUUGGAAACGAGGAAUUGCCAUAAUUUCAGCCGGAACGGUCAAAGUUACACCAGAUCCACGCGUGAGAUUAGGAAAUGGAUAUUCUCUUGAAAUACGUGAUGCCGUACCGCAAGAUGCUGGCGAUUACAUUUGUCAGAUUGCCACACUUGAGCCGCGUGAAAUUACACAUACAGUUGAAAUUUUAGUACCAGCAAGAAUACAUCACAUCAGUUCUGGUGGGCAUUUACAAGUGAAAAAAGGGGGCUCUGUUCGCAUAGAAUGCUCAGCAUCAGGCAAUCCAAGUCCCAAUGUGACCUGGACAAGGAAGAAUAAUGUUCUACCUAAUGGUGAUGAAAAGCUGUACGCGCCAACAUUAUCGAUUGAAAACAUGGACAGACAUAAAGGUGGUGUUUACAUAUGUACAGCAAAUAAUGGAGUUGGAAAGCCUGCCUCAAGUCAAGUUGUUCUACAUGUGCUAUAUCCACCUGAAAUUCAAGUUGAAAGUCCAGUAGUAUAUUCAGGAGAAGGUCAAGAAGCCAUGCUAGUAUGUAUUGUGCAUGGAGAAGCUCAACCAGAGGUAAACAAAAAUGAAGUUAUUUGGUUCCGUGACACAAUGCAACUCGAUACCACAGAACGACACAUAAUGGAGAAUCGUGGAUCACGUCACACGCUAAUUAUCCGAAAGGUUCAUCCACAAGACUUUGGCAAUUAUAGUUGUAAUGCUGAAAAUCAGUUAGGAAAGAGCAAAAAGUACCUUCAACUUUCUGGCAAACCAAACACGGCCAUUUUUCGUUCUGCUCCAAUUAGUCAGUAUAAAGACAGAUAUAAUAUAUCAUGGACUGUUGACUCUCAUUCACCUAUCGAAGAAUACAAAUUAUUCUUCCGGCGUUCCUCAGAAGAGCAUGAACUCGACAACAAUAUUGAGCAGCAAUCACAACCAUUGCAGCAUCAAAGUCAUGGCCAUAGUAAUAGCAUAUAUCCAAAUUACCGAAAUAAUUAUGCGAAUCUGCAUUGGUCACGUAAUGACUGGCGUGAUGUCGUUCUACCUGCUAUACCAUUAUCACAUCUUUACACACAAAGUAUGAGUUAUAUGAUACGAGGCCUCGAGCCGGAUCAGCAAUAUGAGGCGAAAGUUCAAGCAAGAAAUCGCUAUGGAUGGAGUGAAGUGUCUGAAAGAUUUACAUUCAGCACAUCAUCAAAUGACUUAACCGAUAUAGGCUCAUUUUUAAAUCAUGGUCUCUCAGAUUCCGAGAUGCGAGGACUAAGUGUCACAUAUUAUAGCCAUACAUCAAGAAUUCAUCCUACUGUAUAUUUAUAUUUGGCAGCACUUCCUACUCUCAUAAGGCUUAUAAAACUUUUAUAAAAUUGAAUUCACUAAAUUUCUAGGUUAUCAAUGUAUUUUAAAGAAAUUACUAAUGUAAAACCAAGACCCUCUUACUCCUUAUAAACAUUUUUUAAAAUCAAAAACUGACAACCUAGUUUUCUGCUCUAAAUAUUUUUUGAUACGUCUUAGGAAAAUGAUAUAAAAUGAAUAUAAAUAUAUAUUAUUUUUGGACAUAAAAGUAAGUUACAAAAAAUGAAAAAAAAAAAUGAAAACAAAUUAACGAGAAAAUGAUGGUAUUUUAUAUUCGAUGUG